GUGGGCAGUAUCUGAUUGAGUCCUCAAUCGCCCCUCCGGUCUUCUCAGCUCUCUUUCACGCCCCCCCCACGAUCCGUGCCCUGGGGUUCACGACUCGCAAUCAUGGCGACCGAUAUGACGAACCCCAUCCUGGACGCCCUGUCCGCGUCCGACGCCUCCAUCCUCUCCAGCGAUGCCUUCCCCUCCACCCCCUCACUAAAUAUCAAGGCUGCGCUCGACCGUCUAGCCUCACGACAGAUGGUCGAGUAUGAGACCAUCGACAAGGAAGUUGCCGUCCUGACGCCUGAAGGUGAAGAAAUUGCCACCAACGGUAGUCACGAAGCCAAGGUGUUCCAGGCGGUUCUGGCUGCUCUGGACGGAUUGAAGAUCGGCGAAUUGCCUGGAAUUGUCGGAAAGGAGAACGCUAAGAUCGGUCAGGGUAAUGCUUUCAAGAAGGGCUGGAUCAAGAAGGACAAGGACCUUCUCCGGGCGACGACCGAGACCAUCGUGGACGAGACCCGGGAGCUGUUGCUGACCGUCAAGAACACUCAGAGUCUGGGAGACCAGAAGGCCCUGACGGACCUGAAGCGGCGGAAGUUGGUCGCCCUGCAGAAGGUCAUCUCCUUCAAGAUCUCCAAGGGCCCCAAGUUCGCUCGCGAAUUCGUCAAGGAGGAGACCGACCUGACGGCGGAGAUGCUCAUGAACGGCUCCUGGAAGACAGCCCAGCUGAAGCCCUACAACUUCAAGGCCAAGGGUGCUCCCACGCCCUCUGGUGCUUUCCACCCCCUGAACAAGGUGCGCCAGGAGUUCCGCAAUAUCUUCUUCGAAAUGGGCUUCGAGGAGAUGCCUACCAACCGCUUCGUGGAGACGGGUUUCUGGAACUUCGACGCCCUCUUCGUCCCUCAGCAACACCCCGCCCGUGACCUUCAAGAUACCUUCUACAUUGCCGACCCGGCCAAGGCCGACCCUCCCCGCGAGGACCCCUUGAACGACCCUCACCGUCCCAAGACCGUCCAGGCCGCGUUGGCCGCCACCAAGGAGAAGCCCCUCGACUACAAGCAGUACUGGGAGGACGUCCGCCAGGUGCACGAGAAUGGCAAGUACGGAUCCAUUGGUUACCGCUACCCCUGGGAUGCCGAUGAGUCGCUGCGGCUGGUUCUCCGCACACACACCACCUCGGUUUCGACAUACGUUCUGCACAAGCUCGCGGCCAACCCUCGUCCGGCGAGAUACUUCAGUAUCGACCGCGUGUUCCGUAACGAGGCAGUUGACGCCACCCACUUGGCCGAGUUCCACCAGAUUGAGGGUGUCAUUGCCGACUUUGGCCUCACCCUUGGUGGGCUGAUUGGCUUCAUGGAGGUGUUCUUCGCCAAGAUGGGCAUCCACGGGCUGCGCUUCAAGCCGGCCUACAACCCGUACACCGAGCCCAGUAUGGAGAUCUUCGGCUACCACGCAGGCCUUGGUAAGUGGGUUGAGAUCGGCAACAGCGGUAUGUUCCGACCGGAGAUGUUGGAGCCGAUGGGUAUUCCCAAGGGCAUGCAAGUUUACGGAUGGGGAUUGAGUCUUGAGAGACCGACCAUGAUCAAGUACGGCGUCAGCAACAUCCGAGAACUCCUGGGCCACAAGGUCGAUCUCAACUUCAUUGAGACCAACCCUGCCGUCAGACUGGAGAAGGACUAGAUAGAUGACUAGAUGGGCAGACAGUUGAAAUCAAGAUUCCAUAGACACCAUCUGGAAAACACCAACAUGCAAAAAAAAAAGACUACGAGAUGACGGGCCAGUUACGAGUAGAAUGAAAAGCAUUUCCAAUCUACCCUACCCAACAAACCCAAGAUUC